GUAUCAAAUCCGUUAACAAUUGUUAUAAUAUGCAGUUUGUAUGCAAUUUACAGAUACUAUGUCUCAAAAUAUACGUAUUGGGAGAGACAGGGAGUCCGGUCAGCGCCGUUCGGUUAUUGGCCCCGACUGUAUAAACCAUGGUUUAAAGUGGAACAGGAAAUGUACGGCCGGUACGGCAAAUGUUUCGGUGUCUAUGAAUCUACCCGUCCUGUACUAUAUCUGUCCGAUCCGGACCUGAUUCGCAAUGUUUUAGUCAAAGAUUUUCAUAAUUUUACUAAUAGACGGGACAUAUCGACCGGUUUAUUAAUGGACAAAAUGUUACCGAAUUUGAAAAAUGAAAACUGGAAACGUGUCCGUACGGUCAUAACGCCUACGUUUACAUUGGGAAAGUUACGCAAAAUGUUGCCACUGAUUGGCGACUGUCUGAAAACAUUGGACCAUAAUUUAGAUAUCGCUAGCAAAACAUCCAGUGCUGAUGGCUAUGACAUGAAACGGCUAUUUUGUUCAUACGUUAUGGAAGUCAUACUACAGGUAGCUUUUGGCAUUAAAGUCGACGCCUUGAUGGACGCCGACAAUCCAAUUAUAAUCAAUGCCUGCAAACUGUUAAGCCAUGAAUUUGGUCCCAUGUUAUACAUACUGAUGUUUGUCCCCCGAUUGGCCCACUAUUUGAAACUAUCGGUUUUCGAUGUCCAAGUCAUACAAUUUUUUCACGAACUAUCCCUUAAAGCUAUAGACGAUAGACGAAAAUUGUUGGCCAAAAAUCCCGAUACAAAACGUGUAGACUUAUUGCAGCUAAUGUUAGACUGUUUCGAUGAAAGUAAUGUUAGAAGUAGUAGUAGUAGUAGUAGUGAUGGACCCGAGUUCGCGACCGCUGAUAGUAAUGAUGAUAAUAAAGACGCGGAAAAAUAUAGAGAGUAUAGUAGUAGUAGUGGUAAUGAUAAUAAUAAUAAUAAUAACCAAACGGAUAGUUUUAAAAAAUAUCUGACAAACGAUGAACUAAUAGCUUCGUGUGUUGUGUUUUUUGUGGCCGGUUUUGAAAAUAUCAUAACAGUCUUAUCAAAUAUAACACAUUUGUUGGCCUCAAAUCCCGAUUGUCAACAACGACUGUACGAUGAAGUGGCCAACUAUUUCAUGGGCGAACAUCACCAAUCGGACGAAUCGGUAGACGAUUACGAAACACUACAAUCACUAAAAUAUUUGGACGGAGUUGUUAAGGAAACACUACGUUUGUAUCCAAACACAAUAGCAGUGGAACGGGAGGCUAAUGAAGAUUAUGAGUUGGGCGGAGGAGGACCCGACACCACUGGUAUAACCAUUAAAAAAGGUCAACUAAUACACAUUCAAUCCUAUUCAAUGCAUCACGAUUCGGACAACUAUCCCGAUCCCGAACGGUUUAGACCCGAAAGAUUCUUACCCGAAAACCAGACACACCAUCCCUAUGCUUAUCUGCCGUUUGGUGGCGGACCCCGAAAAUGUAUUGGUUUUAAAUUGGCCGAGAUGAUUAUCAAAAAGGCACUGGUCAAUGCUGUACAUAAAUUUAGUUUUCAUGAUACAGGGAAACCCCUAGAGUUUCACAAAUAUCAAGUAUUUGGUAUAAUGACACCGAAAGAUGUUUUUGUUAGGGUUGAGAAACGCCAGUAA